CAAGUGAACCAUUUUUGAAAUAACCAGCUUAAAUAUCAUGGGCGGUUUGUGAGUCAUUAUCUGUUACAUGAAUUGUGACAAGUUGUCGUGUUUUGCAUUCAAUUUAAUUCCCUUCGCAAGGAGCGGGAAAGAGCUUAAUUACACCUAUUUCUUAGUACAAUAGAGUCUUUGUCAAGUCAUUUGCAAUUUCUGUUUUGGAAUUCAUACUUCGGUUAAAACAAUUGUUUGAUGUUCUGAGGGCCACAUCAAUAUUAUAACUUGGAUGUGGUUAAAUCGUCUUUGGUGAAGUAAUCACGUCUUAGGGUAUUCAGGAUGUACUUGGGUUUCCUUUCUAAAAUAACAAUGACAGUCCUUUCGUUGUUAUCCAAACUUUGCUAUUUUUGUUUAGUUUUCUUUGGGAGAAUCAAAAUAAUUCAACUGAUAGAAAACAAUUAUAAACAUUUAACAUUCUUAUAAAGGUCAAUUUUCUGUUCCCUUUUAUAAUUUACAUGUUAUAGCUAUCACCUUCAGCAUUAAGCUAACUUACAGUAUGAUUUCUUUUUAUGAAAUCAGCUUUUUUGCUUCUAAGAAAAUGAAAUACCCAGAGGGUUGUAGUCAUAUUUUCGGUUCCAUCACUAUCACUCAAUCAGAUUCAGCCCUCAAGUUAUUUUUGGUCGUGAUCCUGCCAAUAUAAAAAGAGCUUUUAUUGUUGUUGUUAUCCAGCUGUUUGUUUUCAAGUCAUGGUUUUAAACUAGGGCUAUAGAUUUUAUGAUCUUGAAGUAUUUCUUUGAUGUUAAACAUUAUGCAAUGCUCUGCUUGUUGGCAAAUACUCGGCAUGCCUAUUAUUUACUGAUUUUUAUUACACAAACAUUUUUUGGAAGUUAAUUACAUUUAUGUAUGAAAAUAAGUAAUGCUAAGUGAGAUGACGUGUCUGCAGUGUAGCCCGGUGAGCAAAGCUUGCAAUAGAUCAUAAAUGUUCAAACUACCCAUCAUGGUCAAGUCAGUAAGACAUGUUUCUGCUUGCAUGCUCUCUUUCUCCUUUGAACAGCAGGAGAUUUGAGACCACAUGCUGAUGGCUUAGUACCUGAGAGAUCAAUGUAGUGUUUGUGACUAAAUACUUGCAUUUGGAAAAAUCAUAAACAAGUAACAAUCAGUUAGAGCAAGGAUUUCUACUGGAGGGCAUGCAUUUUCUUUCUCUUGAAUGUGUGAAUUUAUGUGAAUUCUCAGAACUCUCACACAAGGUGUACAGUUGAUUUUAUUGAAUAACAGCAGUUGUGGUUGUCUUCUUUAAUUUUUGGCUUGUUAUGUUCCAAUUUUGUUUAUGGUGCACUUUGAUCUGCACUUUUCUAAUAUUAAUUUUUAAUUGUGUGACUUUUUUUUUUUCUACAAAUAAAAUACAUAGAUAUAUAUGCUUGCCAAAACAGAAGUCUUAUAGUUACACUUUCAUGCAUAUUUAUAGAAAAAUUAAGGUACUUGUGGGAAAUCUCACGGUCAUCACUUGAAAGCUUUUCAUACUUAAUAAUUGCGUGACUGGGUAAUCACAUGUUAGGAUAAUUAGAAUCUCAUAUUGAUCAUGGGAUUAUUGUUUUUUAAGAAACUGUUUUGUGGGCAGGCUUGUGAAAAACACUUAGUAAUACUAGUUUAUUACCAUGAUUGUAGAGUGAAUUUAUUUACUGCAUUUGGGAAUUUUCCUAAAGGGAUGCCACUUGAAAUGUUAUCAAUUGAAAACAUCAUGUUACCUUUAGUUAGCUAUAGACUCCUUGUCGGUAUAAUAAUGCUAUUUGGGCAAGGCUAUGAGAGAUAGACAAAAGACAGUUCACGGUUUGUCCUUUUGGGCUCUCUGGCACUUAGUCCUAUCCACGGACUAUGCCCCUUAUUGAGAGUGGAAUGGAAAUGAAAGAACAUGAUAAAUUGUGUGAUUUAAUAGUAGCACUGUCAAAUCGUAUUGAAGACCAAAGAGCUGAAUUGCCUGUUCUGUUGAGGCCAGAUUCUCGGUAUAUACCGUCAUUGGUUAUUGAAAAGAUAGACGUCAAUCACGAAGCUGAAGAGAGUGAUAUUUCAAAAGAAGAAGAAGAAACUGAUCCAGAAGAGGAGAAAGAGGAUACAAUGCCGAGAGAUCUUGACCCUGUCAGAGAGGUGUUGGCGGCAGGUGGACCUUAUCCUUUAGUGGUUCUGCCUGUUGGGGGUGAAUACUGGUUGGAAGGAAGUAACCAUUCUAACAUUAAUGGCAACAAUUUCAAGCAUCUUGACUGCAAGAUUGAGACAAGUAAUGUCAUCCAGAGUUACAGGAGGGAUUUCAUUGGAAAGGAACAUCUGAACUUCAUUUGUGAUGAUGAGAAACUUGGUCCUGUUAUCUUGUCUGUAAAGCAAGAGAUUGAAAAGCUGGAUGGCUGUGACACACAAGGAUUUAUCAGAGUUAUUUUAAGAACAACUGAAAAGACUAUUGCAGACUCUCUGCCAAUAGAAAAUCUAUCUGAAAAUCCCAGUCCAAGGGAGAUUACUAAGUAUCUUCUUGGGGAGGAUGCAGACAAUGUGGAUCAAUUUCAAGUUUUGGCUCAUCCUAAGGUACAUAAUUAUCAUAAUCGCACUAGACAUUGUAAUGCAGUUAUAUUGAAUUUAAUGUAGAGUCAACAACAAGGAGGACCAUGGAGGAAACGAUCCAUAUAU